AUGGAAAAAAUGAGGAGCCUUGAAUUUGAUCCAUCACUCUUUGUUGGUGCCAUCACGAGUGGGGAGUUAACGCAUCAGUAUCUUCAAAGGAGAGACGACGCUUGUGUGUUGGGGAAUCUGAAAAACCUCAUCAUUCUGGAUUUAUCCAAUAAUCAACUCUUUGGCCUAAUUCCUUGUGUGUUGGGGAAUCUGAAAAACCUCAGUGGUCUAGGAUUAUCCAAUAAUCAACUCACUGGUUCAAUUCCGUCGUCCUUUGGCAAUUUGAGAAACUUGCAAACUCUGUUUCUCGGCGACAACAAUCUGACGACAGAGGGAAUUCCUUCAUUUAUUUGUAAUUUGACAUCACUGGAAGUCCUGAAUUUGUCGAGAAACAACUUGAAGGGAAAAAUUCUGCAAUGCUUGGGUAAUAUCAGUGGCCUCCGGUAUGUGACAAUGUCACACAAUAAUCUCAGCGGAGAGCUCCCUCCGUCUAUUUGCAAUUUAACAUCACUAGAAAUUCUAGAUUUGGAUCGAAACCAUAUAAUGGGAGCAAUUCCGCAAUGUUUUGGCAACAUGAGUGGUCAUCUUGAGGUUCUUGAUAUGCAGCACAACAAUCUUUCCGGUAUUCUUCCAACAACUUUUAGCAUUGGAAGUGCACUAAGAAGCUUCAAUUUGCAAGGCAAUAAGCUAGAGGGAAAAAUUCCCCGAUCCUUGGAAAAUUGCCAACGACUGGAAGUUCUUGAUUUAGGGAACAAUCUCCUCAAUGAUACAUUUCCGAUGUGGUUGGGAACUCUUCGUGAGUUGCGAGUUUUAAGCUUGAGAUCGAAUAAGUUGCAUGGACCCAUUACAACUUCAGGAAGUGAAUACAUGUUUCUUGAGCUUUGA